AUGAAAAUCCCGGUCUGAACCGGUUAGAACCGGUCGGUGUCUGGCAGCAUGAGCUCAGAGGAAGAGCUUUAAAACAACCCUCUGCUCUCUCCCAACUGUGUGUGUGUGUGGUGCGAAAUAGAAAGCAAGAAAUAAAACAAACUCUCUUUAUUUUUAAGCUGCUGAAUUCCGCUCCGAGUGAGACUCCGCUGCUGUUAGCUUAGCCUCUCAUUAGCCGACUUAUCAUUGAGUUUUCCAUUAGCACGCUAGGCUAAGCUAGUAGCUGUGUUAGCAUGGUGGGAGUCGGCGUGUGAUCAGCCUUUAAAAAAACAAAAAGAGAGACAUGUUUCAGAUCGGCUGAGGAUUAUAAUAAGUUGGGGUUUUUUUAUUAGAGCGAUCGAUACUUUAUUUAAUUGUUUUUUUGUGUUUAAGUUAGCGGCUAACUGUCGGCUAGGCUAGUGUUAGCUGCUAGGUUAGCGGUGGAAACGUGUGUGUGUGCGCAAUGAGAUAACGCUGCUCAGGAUUCAUUCAUAUAUAUAUAUAUCAGCUUCUACCUUCACAGUCUCAUCAUUUAACAUCUUGUUUUCGACGAGAGGAGACGGAACACACUAGAAUCUCUAUGCCAGCAGAAAUGACGAUGUUGGCCGAUCACCCAGCUCGACAACUGCUGGACUUCAGUCAGAAACUUGACAUCAACCUUUUGGACAAUGUGGUGAACUCCAUGUACCACGACAUCGGCUCCCAGCAACGAGUGGCCCAGGAAGUGCUGACCAACCUGAAGGACCAUCCGGACGCCUGGACGAGGGUCGACACCAUCCUGGAGUUCUCCCAGAACAUGAAAACUAAAUAUUACGCUCUGCAGAUUCUGGAGACAGUCAUCAAAACUCGCUGGAAGAUUCUCCCCAGAAAUCAGUGUGAAGGAAUCAAAAAGUAUGUUGUCGGGUUGAUUAUUAAGACGUCUUCUGAUCCUGCCAACAUGGAGAAGGAAGGCGUCUACAUUUCCAAACUCAACAUGAUCCUCGUUCAGAUCUUGAAGCAGGAGUGGCCCAAACACUGGCCCACCUUCAUCAGCGACAUCGUGGGAGCGAGUCGGACCAGCGAGUCUCUCUGUCAGAACAACAUGAUCAUCCUCAAGCUGCUCAGCGAGGAAGUGUUCGACUUCUCCAGCGGACAGAUGACGCAAGUGAAGGCCAAACACCUCAAAGACAGCAUGUGUAACGAGUUCUCCCAAAUAUUCCAGCUGUGCCAGUUCGUCAUGGAAAACUCCCAGAAUGCACCUCUGGUUCACGCCACUCUGGAGACUCUGCUGCGCUUCCUGAACUGGAUUCCUCUCGGUUACAUCUUCGAGACCAAACUCAUCAGCACGCUCGUCUACAAGUUCUUGAACGUGCCGAUGUUUCGUAACGUGACUCUGAAAUGUUUGACGGAGAUCGCCGGCGUCAGCGUCAAUCAGUACGAGGAGCAGUUCGUCAACCUGUUUACUCUCACCAUGUGCCAGCUCAAACAGAUGCUUCCUUUGAACACCAACAUCAGAGUAGCGUACGCCAACGGGAAGGACGACGAGCAGAACUUCAUCCAGAACCUCAGCUUGUUCCUCUGCACGUUCCUCAAAGAACACGGACAGCUGAUCGAGAAGAGACCCAACCUGAGGGAGACUCUGAUGGAGGCGCUCCACUACAUGCUGCUGGUGUCGGAGGUCGAGGAGACAGAGAUCUUUAAGAUCUGUCUGGAGUACUGGAACCAUCUGGCAGCAGAGCUCUACAGAGAGAGUCCGUUCUCCACCUCCAGCACGCCGCUGCUGUCUGACGUACCGCCACGCAGACACCUCUACCUGCCCGUCCUGUCGCAGGUGCGUCUGCUGAUGGUGAGCCGCAUGGCCAAACCGGAGGAGGUUCUAGUGGUGGAGAACGAUCAGGGCGAAGUCGUCAGAGAGUUCAUGAAAGACACGGACGCCAUCAACCUUUACAAGAACAUGAGAGAGACUCUGGUCUAUCUGACACAUCUGGAUUACGCGGACACUGAACGCAUCAUGACGGAGAAGCUUCACAACCAGGUGAACGGCACCGAGUGGUCGUGGAGGAACCUGAACAUGCUCUGCUGGGCCAUCGGCUCCAUCAGCGGAGCGAUGCACGAGGAGGACGAGAAACGCUUCCUGGUCACCGUCAUCAAGGAUCUUCUGGGUCUGUGUGAGCAGAAACGAGGGAAAGACAACAAGGCCAUCAUCGCCUCUAACAUCAUGUACAUCGUGGGUCAGUAUCCUCGCUUCCUCAGAGCUCACUGGAAGUUCCUGAAGACCGUCGUCAACAAGCUCUUUGAGUUCAUGCACGAGACUCACGACGGCGUUCAGGACAUGGCCUGCGACACAUUCAUCAAGAUCGCUCAGAAGUGUCGUCGUCACUUCGUCCAGGUUCAGGUCGGCGAGGUGAUGCCGUUCAUCGACGAGAUCCUCAACAACAUCAACACCAUCAUCUGUGACCUGCAGCCGCAGCAGGUUCACACGUUCUACGAGGCCGUCGGCUACAUGAUCGGAGCUCAGACCGAUCAGGCGGUUCAAGAACUUCUGAUCGAGAAAUACAUGCUGCUGCCAAACCAGGUCUGGGACAGCAUCAUCCAGCAGGCCACCAAGAACGUGGACAUCCUGAAGGACGCUGAGACGGUGCGUCAGCUGGGCAGCAUCCUGAAAACCAACGUCCGAGCGUGUAAAGCCGUGGGUCAUCCCUUCGUCGUCCAGCUGGGUCGGAUCUACCUCGACAUGCUGAACGUCUACAAGUGUCUGAGUGAGAACAUCUCGUCGGCCGUUCAGACAAACGGAGAAAUGGUGACGAAGCAGCCGCUGAUCAGGAGUAUGAGGACGGUGAAGAGAGAAACGCUGAAGCUGAUCUCAGGUUGGGUCAGUCGCUCCAACGAUCCUCAGAUGGUCGGGGAGAACUUCGUGCCCCCCCUGCUGGAGGCCGUGCUCAUCGACUACCAGAGGAACGUCCCGGCCGCCAGGGAGCCCGAAGUCCUCAGCACCAUGGCAACCAUCGUCAACAAGCUGGGCGUCCACAUCACCGGGGAGAUCCCCAAGAUCUUCGACGCCGUGUUCGAGUGCACUCUGAACAUGAUCAACAAGGACUUCGAGGAGUUCCCCGAACACAGGACUCAUUUCUUCUACCUCCUCCAAGCCGCCACGUCUCAGUGCUUCCCGGCCUUCCUGUCCAUCGCUCCCGCUCAGUUCAAGCUCAUCCUGGACUCCAUCAUCUGGGCCUUCAAGCACACCAUGAGGAACGUCGCCGACACAGGUCUUCAGAUCCUCUACACGCUCCUGCAGAACGUUUCGGGGGAGGAGGCGGCGGCGCAGAGUUUCUACCAGACGUACUUCUGUGACGUUCUGCAGCACAUCUUCUCGGUCGUCACCGACACUUCUCACACCGCAGGUCUGACGAUGCACGCGACCAUCCUGGCGUACAUGUUCAACCUGGUGGAGGAAGGGAAGGUUAGCGUAGCGCUUAGCGCCGCUAGCCCCGCUAACAACCAGGCUCACGUCCAGGAGUACAUCGCUAACCUGCUGAAGACCGCCUUCCCACACCUGCAGGACGCUCAGGUGAAAGUGUUCGUGACGGGUCUGUUCAGCUUGAAUCAGGACAUUCCCGCCUUUAAGGAACAUCUGAGGGACUUCCUGGUGCAGAUCAAGGAGUUUGCGGGUGAAGACACGACGGACUUGUUCCUGGAGGAGCGAGAGACGGCUCUGCGUCAGGCUCAGGAGGAGAAACACAAGCUGCAGAUGUCUGUUCCUGGAAUCCUGAACCCUCACGAGCUGCCGGAGGAGAUGUGUGACUGAGGCCGC